GGUUAUUUGCGCCGUCGUCAUCUCAACGAUUUGCUUCGCCGUUCCAGAGUUUUAUCGAGUGGAGUCAGAGGAAGAGGGGAGAGAUCCGUAAGCAUGGCGAGAGGGUUGAAGAAACAUCUGAAGAGGCUCAAUGCCCCAAAGCACUGGAUGCUUGACAAGCUUGGUGGAGCUUUUGCUCCUAAACCGUCAUCUGGUCCGCACAAAACAAGGGACUGCUUGCCGCUGAUUCUUAUCGUGAGAAACAAAUUGAACUAUGCACUUGUUAACCGGGAAGUGACUGCCAUUAUGAUGCAACGCCAUAUCAUGGUGGAUGGAAAAGUUCGGACCGACAAGAAUUACCCAGCUGGAUUUAUGGAUGUUGUUUCCAUCCCAAAGACAAAUGAGAACUUCCGCUUGCUUUAUGACACCAAAGGUCGCUUCCGUCUACACUCAAUCAAGGAUGAGGAGGCAAAGUUCAAGCUCUGCAAGGUUCGCUCUGUCAGGUUCGGGCAGAAGGGAAUUCCUUACCUGAAUACCUAUGAUGGUCGAACCAUUCGCUAUCCUGACCCUCUCAUCAAGGCCAACGACACCAUCAAGUUUGAUUUGGAGACGAACAAGAUUGUGGACUUCAUCAAGUUUGACGUUGGAAACGUGGUGAUGGUCACCGGUGGGAGAAACACUGGUCGAGUCGGCAUCAUUAAGAACAGAGAGAAGCACAAGGGCAGCUUUGAGACCGUCCAUAUCCAGGAUGCCACUGGGCAUGAAUUUGCGACUCGGUUGGGAAAUGUUUUCACAAUUGGAAAAGGAACAAAGCCAUGGGUAUCCCUUCCCAAGGGCAAGGGUAUCAAGCUCAGCAUCAUCGAGGAAGCCAGGAAGCGCCUAGCUGCUGCUGGUGCGACUGUGACUGCUUAGUUCAAUUUCUCAGAUACAAUUUGAUCAGCUGUGUUUUGAAGGAUUCUUCACUGUUUGUGUCGAUGCAAUGCAUCUGGAUUUUUUUUCUUUAAACUAUAUUCUAGCAUGAGUCUCUCUUUGUUCGGAUUAUUAGUGGCCAGGAUGAUUCAAGCAAUCUGAACAUGUAGUUUAUGCUUUUCUUUAAUUUCGGCAUUCUUUUUAUUCAA